GCCGCACAAGUUUGUGCACAUAUCCACAGUACUACAGUGAGGGGAGGCGCAAAUACUGCACAGAGUGAGACAGUAAGAGAAGGACGCACCGCAAGUGCUGUCCCCGUGCAUGUGUGCGCUUUGACUCUGGUGUCUCGGUCGACUCCUUUAGUCUUUUACAGGACAUCGUCGCGGUUGUAGUGUCUUUUUACUAUUUAAGGACUCAGCCGGGAUAAUAGAUGAGUGCAUCGACUGGACCAAAUGGUCACUGGUUUGAAAGCUAACGCAUCAAACCGGCUGACAGACAGAGGUCUAAAAAGAAAGAGAGGAACGACCGGCUAAAGGAUUGUAUGUCAUAAUUUGUACAUCUCCGGCGCAGGACGUUUACGUUUCUAUAUAGCAUAUAAGGACUGUCUAACUUCCAUUUGGAGAUAAAGGAAUUUGAAGACGUACUGAGGGAAAGGACUGAGACAUGGAGGUCGCAGCGGCGGAUCAGUCUCGGUGGAUGGCGCACCACCACGCCGUGCUGAACGGCCAGCACCCCGACUCUCACCACCACGGUCUGGGCCAUAACUACAUGGAGCCCAUGACGCCACUACUACCCCAGGACGAAGUGGACAUGUUCCUCAACCACUUGGACUCUCCAGGGAAUCCUUACUAUUCCAACUCCAGAGCCCGAGCCUACAGCCAAGCGCACGCACGGCUCACUGGUAACCAGGUCUGCCGGCCGCACCUCAUCCACAGCCCCGGACUUCCCUGGCUGGAUCCAGGGAAAGCAGCUCUGUCUGCGGCGCACCACCAUAACGCAUGGGCGGUCAGUCACUUCAGCAAAUCUGGCCUGCACCCUACCAGCUCGGCCUAUUCGUGCAGCAGCAGUGCUGGUACAGCACCAGUUUCGUCUCUUACGCCCGCAUCCCACUCUAGUCCGCACCUAUACAGCUUUCCUCCAACUCCACCAAAGGACGUGUCCCCGGACCCUGGGCCGACGUCCCCCACCUCUACGCGUAUGGAUGAGAAGGACUCAAUCAAAUACCAAGUGCCACUUGGUGAUGGAAUGAAGAUGGAGAGCUGUAGCCCGCUGCGGAGCGGCCUAGCACCCAUGAACAGCCAAACUCCAGCCACUCACCACCCCAUCCCCACGUAUCCUGCGUACCCCCUGCCCACACCCCACGAAUAUAGCGGCAGCCUGUUCCACCACGGCGGCCUGCUCGGCGCGUCCUCCUCCAGCUUCACGCCGAAAUGCAAAAGCAAAGCUCGGUCAAGCUCAGAGGGCCGUGAGUGUGUGAACUGUGGCGCCACCUCGACUCCCCUGUGGCGGCGGGACGGUACCGGCCACUACCUGUGCAACGCCUGUGGGUUGUACCACAAGAUGAAUGGCCAAAACAGACCUCUCAUAAAGCCCAAACGCAGACUGUCCGCCGCAAGACGUGCAGGCACCUGCUGCGCGAACUGCCAAACCACCACCACCACGCUCUGGAGGCGCAACGGCAACGGGGACCCGGUGUGCAACGCCUGCGGUCUUUACUACAAGCUGCACAAUGUCAACAGGCCCCUGACCAUGAAGAAGGAAGGCAUCCAGACACGCAACCGAAAGAUGUCCAGCAAGUCCAAGAGAAACAAACGAGCGGGGGAUAGCUUCGAUGAGCUGUCCAAGUGCAUGCAGGACAAAGCGUCUCCCUUUGGAGCUGCUCCCGGCCUCACCAGCCACAUGACCCACAUGGGGCACCUGCCCCCCUUCAGCCACUCCGGACACAUGCUGCCCACACCCACGCCCAUUCACCCUUCAUUCGGUCACCCCCACCACUCUAAUCGCUCGCCGGUCUGGGCUGAGCCACACUGAGAGCCUUCACAUCUGCAUGGUCAUUCACACGCCAUGGGCUCUCUGUGAGAGCUCCAGUGGACUGGUGUCAUGUACAGUGGUCGGACUAAGGUCAUGUCUGGACAUUAUGGACUCUAUGAAGAGCUAACGGGACAGAGGAGAGUAAAUCCCCUUGCAGCGACCAGACCACAGAAGUGUGUGAAUGAAGACACUUUUAACAGUUGUGCUUAUUUUACUAAGUCACUUUGGUACUGCCUCUCCUUGACCCUGUAACAGGAGACUGACGAGAGGUCCACCUC